UUUUUUUUCUGUGUCGUUUGAAGUGUCUGUAUGAGCAGUCUGAAUCUCUUGAGCUCAAAGUAAACAGAGCACCACACAAAAGGCUCGACGUCUCACCUAGCGCAGGUGAGCCGCGGGAGCGCGUCACGGUUGAGUGACAGCCGAAUUUUAAUGGCUCGCCUUUGAUCUGUGUUCGCUCCACCCUUUUCGAAUCUUCGUUUAGCCAAUCACGUGUCCCGCAAUCUAGUUGCGGAGAAGUCGCGCUGGAGCGAAAGGCAUAAGCUAUCCACUUACAGAGACACCCGAUAUCAAUCGCAUGGCGCACGGGUAACCCGAUCGGCUUGGGCAAAAACGAGGCGGGGUGAAAGACUAAAGAAAUCUGAACUGUAGAAUAAUAACAAUGUCUGUUUCCUCUAGUGAAGUGACAGUGGCAAGCGACAUCAAAAAGGAAAAUGUGAAGUACACGGAGCCUCUCGAGAGCUCCAAGGGGAGUAUGGAGCACGUCAGACUCCUGACUCUGGACACUCCGGUGGCCGCCGGGAUGCUCGUAAGGCAGCAGCAGCAGACCUCUCCACCGGAGCGCAAGAUGCACAUUAUGGACUCUUUGUCUACGCAUAGUUCUCCCACAGCCACCUCUUUGGCUUUCUCGCCGGAGCAGGUUGCUUGCGUUUGCGAGGCGCUUCAGCAGGGAGGCAACGUGGAUCGGCUCGCCCGGUUUCUGUGGUCUCUCCCACAGAGCGACUUACUGCGCGGUAACGAGAGUAUCCUCCGCGCUCAGGCGCUGGUAGCUUUCCACCAAGCGCGCUACCAGGAGCUCUACAGUAUCCUGGAGAGCCACAGCUUCAGCCCUUCGUGCCACUCUGCCCUGCAGGACUUAUGGUACAAAGCGCGUUACACAGAGGCGGAGAAGGCCCGCGGAAGACCGCUGGGCGCAGUGGAUAAAUAUCGCCUGCGACGGAAGUAUCCUCUGCCCCGGACCAUCUGGGAUGGAGAGGAGACGGUGUACUGCUUCAAAGAACGCUCCAGGAACGCGCUGAAGGACCUCUAUAAGCAGAACCGGUACCCGUCCCCAGCCGAGAAGAGGAAUCUGGCCAAAAUCACAGGACUAUCUCUGACACAGGUCAGCAACUGGUUCAAAAACAGGAGGCAGAGAGACAGAAACCCCUCCGAGGCGCAGUCCAAAAGUGAGUCUGAUGGAAAUCACAGCACAGACGACGAGAGUAGUAAAGGUCAAGAGUCUUUGUCUCCGUGUCCAAUGUCUAACUGCGCAGAUGGCACCGUGGUUAAUGCUGCUAUACCUCUCUGCUCUGGAGCUCUGGAGGCUGGAGUAAUCGUCCAGAAGGUUGGAGACUGCAGGAACUCUGUUUCACCACCUUCCGUCAUCUUUAAUGGUGCCUCUGCCAACACGUCCACCACUGUUUUCCACAACGGCACCCCUUCCUUCCUGUCCUCCACGGGACAUGUCCUCUUCAGUGGCAUGAACUUAGGACUCCAGCCUCUGGCUUGCAAGUCUGCAGUGGAUGUAGAGCUGGAUGGUGAAGGACAUGAUAAAGGGGUAGCUGUGUCAUCAAGGGCGACAGUCCCUGCAAUGGCAUACCCCUCGUUUUACUGCAGUGUGAAUGGGUCAGAGGUGGAGGUGAAAGCAGUGACAGUGGGGCAGGAUAUGUCAGCCCAGGACCGGGCCGCAUCCAUGAGCUCGGCAUUCAGCACUACCACCUCUAAUGGAUCUCUACAGCUUGAUGGUUACAGCUUGGUGACUGUACCAGGAGCACAUCCUGAUGGCACCGGGACCUCACUGCUUAGCAGUAAGUUGGUACUUCCUCCCUUGCAACUCCCAUCGUCUUCUUCCCCCUCAACAAUAACACAAGGUGCUGUAUCAUUGAGUAGUGUCGGUGGCAACACUACUUUUACCUCUCUGUGCCACCUCCAAGUGGAGGAGCAGGACAAGCUCCGGCUGACCACUCUGGAGCCUAGCACAGUGCUCUACAGCCUGGGUACCUCUGUCAAGAAGGAACCUCUGGAGAGUGCUGAUGGAUAUCUUUACCACCAUGCACUUCAUCUGGAGCAGGCUGGCCACCUAGGUUACGCAGACACCCCUGACCCAACCCACAGAUCCCCCACCUCACUUAACACUACCAUGACAACGACCCAGCAAGAGUACACCACUCUCACAGUGAGUUCACCCUUAUUCACCCAAACGGACCUAACUGGUGAGUUCAGAGGUCAUGAUGCCCAGGUGGCCUCGGACCUAAGUGGUGACUUCCUGUGUGCGGUUUCAGAGGUGGGGGAGGUUACAGGCGAGAUGGUGAGAGAAAUGGAGGAAAAAGAGGAAAAGCAACUGACUAAACUAAAAACAGUCCAUAUAGAGGAAGAGAUGGCUGACCUUUGAACUUGCUGGAUAAUAUUUUUGAUUUUUUUUUUCUUCCCAAUUUGGAAUGCUCAAAUCCCAAUGUGCUCUAAGUCCUCGUGGUGGCAUAGUGACUCGCCUCAAUCCGGGUGGCAGAGGACGAAUCUCAGUUGCCUCCGCAUCUGAGACCGUCAAUCCGCGCAUCUUAUCACGUGGCUUGUUGAGUGCGUUACCGUGGAGACAUAGUGCGUGUGGAGGCUUCACGCUAUUCUCCGCGGCAUCCACGCACAACUCACCACGUGCCUCACCGACAGCGAGAACCACAUUUUAGUGACCACUAGGAGGUUACCCCAUGUGACUCUACCCUCCCUAGCAACCGGGCCAGUUUGUUUGCUUAGGAGACCUGGCUGGAGACACUCAGCACGCCCUGGAUUCGAACUUGCGACUACAGGGGUGGUAGUCAGCGUCUUUACUUGCUGAGCUACCCAGGCCCCAAUAUUUUUGAUUAUUGAGUUUGUUUGUUUUUUAGGUUUUGAGCCUCUGAAUGUUUUGUUUUUAUUGUAAGUAUUAAUUUAUUUUUGGUGAAUCUGUCCUCCACUUGGCUUGAUAGUGCACUCCAGUUUGGUUUGGAUAAUUAUGCAAAGUCAUAUUCAUAGAUUUUAAGUGUUUAUUUGUUUGAACUUUUUCUCAUUUCUCUCUCUUUCUUUCAGUAGUCAAGUAUAAUACAAUAAUACCUUUCUAUAUUUCUUCAAUAUCUCCAACUCUCUUUUCACUUUCUUUCAAAUGUGUUUACAACUUUCAAGCUCCAGAUACUAAUUCUAGCAUCAAAGUCAGACAGUCUAUGCCUCUUUCUCUGUGGGGAGUGUGGACGCAUGUGUAUUUUAUGGGAGACACCUGCUAGUUUCUGCCAAGAAUAGUUGAGUUUAGCAGACAGGUGGACAUCUGGUCAUGUGACAUCCAUGUUCUACAGUCCUGCAGGGUCAUCUGGGUCGAACCAUAAAGGUCACCCUCCCCAACGCACACCCUCAUGCACAGACACACUUGAUUUCCAUGCAGAUUAAAAUAUUUAACGAAUCUGUGUUAGUCAUAACAUUGGCUGCAGCAUUAAACUACAUUAAUGAUAUGCAAAUUAUAUGCAUAUUAGGAAGCCAUUACUGAUGCUGAUGAUGAACAGUUUAUCGGUACAAAUGUUACAGUUUCAAUAUGUUAUACAGCUGUCAUGAACAGUUUUAGGGCAUUAUGUGUACACAGUAUCUUGUAUCAUAUGCUUAGCAUUAGUGGGGUUUUUUUAGAUGCAAACUGGGACAACAAUACGAAUAACUUAAAACUUCACCAGGUCAGUCAUGAGUAAAGGGAAUCGUUUUUCCCCAAGCAUUUGAAUAAACUCACCAUUUGGGUUUUAUAGUGAUCCAGCAAUCCAAAGACAGACACAAGCCGACCAUGUAAAGAGCAAAAGAUUUGCUGACAGACUGAAUGUCAUGUUAAAACCAGCAAUAAGGCAAAUGCAACUAUUAAUUUACAUUUAAAACCAAAACAAAAUGUCAAUAGAUUGUAAUAAGACAUGUCAGCACAGUUGUAAAUGUGAAAAAGAUUUAUAUGAUAUCCUAUGUGUUAGUUGGAAUGUUUGCAAAGCGUGCAAGUGAAUGUGUUUGUGUGGGUUGACUUUUUGCCUUCCAGCUUCCUGAGGCUCGACAUUUGAUUGGACGUCAGUGUACCUGUCAUUUUUGUUAUUGGUGCUGGUGUAACAUUUGCAGUAUUUAACUCCAUAACAAUAAUUAUGCAGUCAUUCUGGGAUUGUUGGAUGACUUUAGAGAUAAUAUCAAUGCUAUUUGCAUUUGUAAACUGUAAAAGUGUCUUACAGGAUUAUCAGAAAUGAAAAGCAUAUAGAUGUGAAAAAUAAACUAAUACAAAGUUGUAAAUGUAUGAUCAAAAAGAAAAACAGCCUUUGUGAAUAUUAUUUUAGCAUGAACAAAAAUGUUAAAAGUUUAAGACAAUAUGAUGUAUUUUUCUAAAAAAAAAAAAAAAUAAUU